AAAUAAUAUCUCAGUGUCAGUUGAAAAACUACUUAAUGAGUUAAAAAAAUAACCAAGUUAAAAGAAUUACGGUCUUUAUAGAUAACAACAAGUUAAAGUAGAAACUAGAAUAAAUAGGAUUCUACGUAAUAAAUAUUUAUAGCUGAGGGAAUUCUCUUUAGAUCCCGUUGGGGGAUCGCUUUAUACAAAUUAACGUCCAAAGAGUUGACGUCAUACAAAGGGGCGUUGUCGAUUAAUGCCGAGUUUUUUCACAAUUAGCUAAUUGCAAAACCUAAUUUUAAUCAUCUUUGAUAAACACUUAUUACAUAACCCACAUUACAUUUUUUACAAUUUUCUUUUACGAUUUUUGCAAAAAUAGAAACGUUUGAUGCUUUGCCAAUAUUUUCUUUUGCUGUAAAAAAGCAACUACAAGUGUACGUAUUUAACAUGUUAAAUGAUUUAGUUUUUAAAUUCACUUAAAAUGAUUUGAAAACAAUUAUCUUUGCGGUUUAUUAAAAUGCAUAAAACUUUUAAAAGUUGGAAUGCAGAAAUCAUGAAUAUAAAUUGAGAUGAUACACAGAAAACAAGUUUUAAUUUUAAUUUAUACUAAUUAAAUGGUUUUAACGCGAAGAUUAGUAUAUAAAGAGGAAAUUGUUGGAAAGUUUAAGUCAGUUUGCAAAAUGAAAUCGUUCGUGGUUGUCAUUUUCAUGUUGUGUUUUGCUUGGUCCCAAGCUGACAACGAAGGGUGUACCUUGUUAAAUGGAUACUUAAAGUUAAAAGAACAGGAAGCUUUCGUAAUUGGUGAAGCUUGUUUAAGAAUUAUAUGUCGAGGAAACGAUAUUUUUAGCAUUCAAAAUGGGUGUGAUGACACUCGAUGGAGAGGAGCCCCAUCUGAGGUGUACGUAAAAGAAAUCACGCAAAUUGCCGAAAAUGUAAGAAAUAAUAACGCAUGUAGCGGAGUAAAUGUACCAACUCGUUCUUAUUGAAAAAAUUAAAUCAAAUUUUUAUAUUUUCUAACUAUUACUGUUGUAUAAAUUCUUAAAAAUCACAAUUGUUUCUGAAAUAACCCGGUAAUACUAAUAUGAAUACUAAUAGUAAUACAAUAAUCA